AUGGCGGCAAUCUACUUGCUUUCUAAUUUAUCCAGCUCGAUCGAAAAGCUCUGCUCAGAUAUCAGCGAUGGCCAAUAUGGGACAUAUUACAUAUACAUACUAUCCAAACUUGAAGACAAAGAGGUGCAGAAAUUGGCAGCCGCUGUAAAGACGAACGGUUCCUCCAUUAAGGUAUUUAUGGAAAAUCUUUGUAGUAUAAAAUUCAUGGGGACCAAUGGCUUCUACUUACAGGACUUUGACAAGGAGAUUUUGGGCAAGAUAUAUGCUCAACUCUAUCCCGAUAAGCUUUUAGAGCACGUGGGAGAGCAGCUCGCCGCUGUCGUAAAGGAAUUCUUUCCGAGGGCCGAAAUUGUCGCAAGGUCAUGCUUUGCAUCUUUGAACAAAGAAAAAUUGGCACCAGAGUCGCCUACAAGCUCCUCAUGUAGCCUGAAAUACAUCUUGAUUGUCGAUCGGUCAUUCGACCUUAUCUCGCCGCUGCUGCAUGAAUUUACUUAUGAAGCAAUGUUACGGGAGAUUGAAUCUUCUUGUGAUUCCGAAUAUUGUAGUGAAAUCAAGAAAGAGCUACACUUGCUUGAUAAUACAAAUCUCAAGGAGGAGCAAUUGGGAUUUUGGUCUCUGCUCCGGGAUGUCCACCUUGCAGAUUGUGUAUCAACGCUUCUAAAAUAUUCCGAAUCAUUUGUCGCUUCGAAUUCUGCAGCAGGAUUUUCCAAGGAAACAACUAAAGAUCCAUCAAAGCUGGUAUCAAUUAGCCAAAUGAAGGCAACAAUAGCUUCAAUUCCCGAAUUGCAAGAAUUUAAAAAAUACCUGCUGCAAUACUGCAUUGAUACCUUCAAUCGGAAAAACCUUGAUGCCGUGGCAACGGCAGAACAAAACCUUGCUUGUGAGUAUUUUACGAGCGAAUCUAAGCCUGCUGAGGAUCCUUUGAAUGCAAUUAGUUCUUUGCUGGCCGACAAGGAUAUUUCGGCAGAGAACAAGGCCAGAUUGCUGAUACUGUAUCUUGCAAUUGUUCCAGAAAUGUCCCAGCUCUCAAAGUCAGAGUUGAUGACUCUUUGUAAAUAUUCGGAUAUUUCCGACGUUUGCUCAAUUAAUGGGUUUUAUUCGGCCUUUAAUGUUCGAACGUCUCAGGGACCUGAAAGAUUGUCAAUGGUACUUCCAAACAUCAAAAAAAAGCAUAAAAUCAAGCUCGGAUCUUUGUUCAAGGGCACAUUUUUUUCCAAGGGCGGUGGUAGCACAGAAAAGUUUGAUACCGAAAAUAAGGCUACUUAUGAGCUAUCCAGAUUUGUGCACCCAAUUGAGGCAUUGUGCAAGGCACGAGAUGUUCUCGUUGAAUCUGCUCUGAUGGAAGAGACCAGUCAAAGUCUCGUCACCACGCCCGGUGCUGCAAACAUGGCAUCCGGAAAAAAUGUAUAUGCGACAUCUAACUCUGUUCGGCACAGACAAGAGUGGAAAAACGCUGCCAUAGCUGUUGAUUCAUCAAUAGAAGCGGGACAGGCUGCAUUUGAGCCAAAGGCCUUAAUAUUUAUUGUUGGCGGGAUGACCAGCUCCGAGGUCAGGGUUUCUUUUGAAAGAAGCAAAGGCCAUAUUUUACUUGGAUCCGAUUUCUUUAUCACGCCAACAGACUUUUUGGCAUCUUUGGCAGAAAGUGGCAAGCUAUGCAAGGGAUAA